CAGGAAGACACCAAAGGUAAGAAGCAAUGGGCGUGUCAGGAUCAGCCAAAACCAGUGAAAACUUGAAUCCUUAGAAAGGACAUUGUGCGAAAGACAGUCGCGAAACUAGUAGAGAAAACUUGGAAAACCAGUCUGACUUGGUAAACGUGCGAGAAACUGGACCGAUGGACUCCUUAGUUCGGCGCGUUCACUGUCGAAUCUUCGAUCAGAAACAAACAACCGUUGUGCUGUACGGAGUAUUUGCCACUCCCGUAAGGAGAAAAAGAAGAAAAAGAACCUUGGUUAGAUCAAGAAAUGGACAUGGAAAGUUUUGAAGCGAACACGAUUCCGUUAACAACGUUAACGGCUCCUUCGGCAACAACUGUGAUAAAAGAACCCGAUUUGAUAACAAUUCUCGAGGACAUGCCUUUGACGAAUGAACAGAUAGAAGAAGAGCAAGACCUUCUAGAAGAAGCCGACGAUGAAUUCGAGCUGAACGAAAGCACUCCACUCAUUCGAUCGCACGAGACUUUAGAGAAGAGCGACUCAAGUUUCUUCACACACAACAGCAAAAGUUUUACGACAACUUUCACAACGAGUCAGGCGUCCUUAUUCAUCCCUUCCUUUCAGUUUUCGUUGUAUUCCAGUGUAGUGUCAAUCUCGCGGUCUCUAAAUCAACGGUCGGUGACACUCUCGAUUGAGGACCGAAGCAGCCAAGACUCAAAAUCGAAAACAACAACGUUGCUGGAGAAGUUGUCAGAAGAUGGCCAGGCAUCGACCAUACUCGCGUUAUGGAACAUGAUCAACAUGAUCUUUGCGAGCACUAGCGUUUUAGCUAUGCCUUAUGCGAUCGUUCUGGGAGGAUUCGCAGCUCUGUUCCUGAUAUUAUUCAUUGGAUUUCUGACCGACAUCACUUCAGUUGUUCUUGUUGGUUGCCUCUACGAAAUUUCACCGAAAAGCCGGUUUCGCAAACGAGUCCGAGCGAGUUAUGCCGAGAUUGCAGCACACGUCUGGGGACCCGUGGGUGGGUGGAUUGUUGAUUUCGUAACUGUGAGCUUGUCAUACUGUUCCUGUGUUCUGAUGGUGAUGGCUCUUGGCAGCAGUUUCAUGGAGCUGUUCAAAGAACUGAUCACGUUUAACAUAAAGGAGUGGUGCUUGAUCUGUGCGCUGGCCAUGCUACCCACAGUUUUCAUCAAAAGACUGUCCAUUCUGGCCUGGCUAAGUAUGUUAGCUGUAGUAGCAGUGUUUAUUAUAGCUUUCAUACUGUUGGGAUUCACUCUAGAGGAAUCAAACUCUUGGACAUUGGACAAGAUCCCUUCAUUUAAUAUAGACACUUUUCCACUUAGCUUAGGAAUUAUUUUGUUUUCAUAUUGUGGGCACACGGUAUUUCCUGGAAUAGAGGGCUCUAUGCAGAAACCCAACAAAUACAAAAGUGUCUCACACCGGGCAUUUAUCUCUGUAACGACAGUGAAAUUUUUAGUUGGGCUUUUCUGCUGCCUCUCAUUCGGUAGCUACACUCGGUCGAUUGUAAUCCUUAAUCUCAGUUCAUCAUAUGGCUCAGCUCUUAGCAAAUUAGCAACUGUGUUAGUUAUCAUAAAUAUUUACUUUUCAUACCCCCUAAAUAUGUUUGUUGUUAGUGGAACAUUAGAUAUAGUUAUUUUGCCAAAGCUCCCCCUCUACUACAACCACAAGUAUUAUAACUAUUUAUGGGUUAUCUCUACCCGCACCUUCUUGGUCCUCUCAACACUUGGUAUAGCUGUAGCUGUACCUCAUUUUGGGCUGCUGAUGAGUAUAUUUGGAAGUUUGUUUGGAGCUUGUGUUACCUUGAUUUUCCCUUGCCUUUUCCAUUUGCAGCUUAAAUGGAACAAGUUAACUUUGUACAAGAAAGUUUUUGAGAUGCUGAUAGUGUUAUUUGGGAUAAUUGCAGGUACAUUAGGUUUGAUUUAUUCCUCCAUUGCCCUGAAGAAUGCUGGGGACUAAUUUGCAUUAGAAAUCGUUGAGUAUUGUAAUGUAGGGAUGUCUUUGUCCUACCCGCACCCUUUUGUGAAUUUAAUAUUUUUUCAUAGCCUAUGAAAUGCAGUAACUUGAGGAAUGGUUGAAAUGUAGGACUUCCACAGGAAAGGACACAGAAUGUGUUUGGCAUCUUGCGGAAGGGGUAGAUCAUAGGUUUUGGUCUCAUUUCAGGUAUUCAAUUGAAAAUGCUGAUAUUCAGCUCCAGUUUAAGUGUUGGAAGUAAAGCCAACAGGUUUUUCUAGUGGCUCGAGUAUACAUAUAGUCAUCUUAUCAUGAUGCCGCUAUCAGCAUCUGAAUCAUCAAAAGUAUUUUUUUUAUAAAAAAAAAGGUAAUUGUGAGAAGCAUAUUAUGUUGUUAAAAUUAUUGUAAUCAUUAAUAAGUUAUGAGUAAAAGUAUAUUCUGAACGAUUAUGUGAUAUUUAACAACUAUUCAUCCAGGUGGAGGCAGCUAGCGGUAGAUAUCUACUGGUACCAAGUCACAAAGCUGUGAGGUAAAUAUCCACCGCUAGCCACGGACACUGAAUAGUUGUUUUAGUAUAUUCUAAAACAGUGAGAUUAUAUAGCACAAAAAGAAGAUUUUUACACACUCAUUCUGACAGUGUUUUCAGAUGCCUUUCCAGCACCAGGAGUCACUGAGAGGUGAAUUGUAAAGGAUAUUUGAAGUUCAGAGUGCACCUUCAGUACUAUCCACUGUUUUAGAGCAUACCAAUACAGUUUAUCAAUCAGAAGAAGGCAGUUUUUUGAAAUACACAAGUUUCCACUGUAAAAUAAUAUUACAUUGAUGAUAUUAUUUUGAAAGUGUCAGAAAUGAAAAGAUGUAUAAUAUAUGCAAGAUCGAUAUAUAUGCAAGUGCAAUAUUUAUGCAAGACCAAAACUGGAUCAACAUUUAAGCAAAUGUACUACAAGCAAGCUAUAAUAUGACUAUUUUUUGACAUUAAAAAAUUUACUUGAAGAAUAAAUUGUACUCAUUCAUUAUCAUUAAACAUCACCUUUGUGCCUCAAUCAAAGCAUUAUAGGGUUGAACCUAUGUUAAGCAGUACAAUAUUCAAGGCUGGACACUAACAGUAGCCAACUAGCCACAGACUAGUAGAAAUUCAGU